AUGAGUUCUCCCGAGCCUGACAACCGUGUUGGACGAGCAGAGUCAGAUGCGAUCAAAGUGGGAAUGGCGCUGCAUACGCCGCCUGGAGCGCCCUCCCGGAAAUGUGCAACUGCUCAUUGCUGCUGCGACUACAUCAAGAGAUGUUUCACCUACCUGAGAAGUACGGCUGCCGCACUCGGUAGUGGACCGAUCGAGGGCGCCGACGCCAACGCCAACGCGUACCGUCUGAGGCGGUACGACUGGACGAUCUUACAGCCCACAAUACCGCCGAGGCUGACGAUGGAGGCGAAGGGCGGCCGCGUUCACGAUGCAACCGUCAAACUGGCUUCCCCGCCCGAUGUUCCUGAGAAGGGCUUCAUCGACCCCAAGAUCUGA